AUGUUCAAGGCAUCUUCACCGCUAUUCUCGGGUCUUCUAUGGAAGAUCCCAUGGCGUAUUUCACAACCUCAGAAAGCUCGCCAAAGGAAGCGUCUACGCGCUGUUGACCGGGUGGUCGACACCCUCAGCGCCGCCUUGCGACGAAAUGGCCAGAGCACAAAAGCCGUCGAUCGGUGGUAUGCGGAAAUGCCUCGGGAGGAAGAGAUGUUACCCAAGGACAAGUACACGCUGUUCGAUAAGAAGGAAAAGACCUAUCGGAAGGGUAUUCACAGUACGUUUGUCUCAGCAUUGUCCCUGCUACACUCUCUCUGGAAGGAGAAUGCGAAGCGUAUCCUUCUCAUCUCAAAUGACCUAGAUAAUCGCUUUUCACCUGUUUUCUCUCAAGGCGACGCUGCAAGGAUGCUGACAACUCUCUUUCUAGAACUGCCUAAGUGGACGAGAGUCAGCCAGCGCUUAAACCCUCCUGGUUUCUAA